AAUCAGCGUGACGAAGACACUCCUACACUUUUGUAUCUCUUAUAUAAAACCGUAGCGUUCAAAUAAACCACGUCCGUAGUUUCCUCCCCAGCAAAGUGAUGACGCUCAAAAUGAUAAACCUACUGUGUGUGCUAGGUUUAGCAUGUAUGAUGCUCAAAGUGGCUCACAGCCAGCUGAUGUAUUCAGAUAUGCCAAUCGAGGUUCAGGAAUGCAUCCAGAUCUUUAGCAACAAAACGGGUGACGUCAUGAUGUACGACACGACAGACGCGACCUAUGUCGCCUGCUUGAAACAGAUCAUGCUGAAAAAUCGCGGAUUGGAAGGCCUUAACAUUACCGUAGACGAUGUUCAAUUUAUGGACAACCUAAUUGACUCGCUUUUCCAACCUGGACGACAAAAGCGUGAGGCUAAAAAAGGCGGUAUGGGCCGUGCAGGUAGGGUACCUAUGCCCCCAACUGGAUUUAGGGUUCGACAAGAAAUUCGUAGGUUGUCUGAUGGACAGAGAGCUGCGUUCUUUAAUGUAUUAAAUAGGAUGAAAAAGAACGGAGAGUACGACAGAUUUGCCCAAUUCCACAAGGGAAUCGUAUUAAUGACGGCUCACAGCGGCCCAGCUUUUCUCAGUUGGCACAGGAUUUUUAUUGCCAUGUUUGAAGAAGCUUUGAGGAGAUACAAUCCAAAACUAGCCCUUCCGUAUUGGGACCCAACCUUGGAUUACUACAUGAAGAACCCAGUCUUCUCAGUCAUCUGGUCAUCCGCAUUCCUUGGAAACGGAAAUGGUCAUGUCCGAACCGGUCCUUUCGCUGGCUGGAGGACACCAAGCGGUCCAUUAACAAGAAAUAUUGGUGUAGACAGUACCUUGAUAAACAGAAACAUGAUUGAUGCGGUCAUGUCAAGAUGCCGUGUGAGAGAUAUAUCUUUCCCUUUUGCGUCACCAAAGUACAAUUUCGAGUUAUUCCAUGGCGGACCACAUUGUUGGGUCGGAGGUCAUUUUUCAGGAAUGAAUACAGCCGGACACGACCCAUUGUUUUGGCUUUAUCACGCAUACAUUGAUUAUGUUUGGGAAUUGUUCAGAAUGCGUCAAAUUUUGUCUAAAUGCGGCUCAAUCCAGCUUUCAGAACCAUUCCUGUUGGCAGCCUUUUAUCUCCGUUGUGACAUUGUGAACAGCUAUGUGUUCGUUCCAGCGAAGUAUUGGCCAAAAGAAAUACCGCCAGGUUCAGCAGGCGCUGUAAGACGUUUGCACGCAUUGAGUCAUCAAAGAAUUCUUGUUGGCGAGCUUUUCCCAGCACCACCGUCCGGAGCCAAGAACCCCAAGCAUAUAGAUUUAGAGAUGGAAAGGCGUUAA